AUUUAAUCUUUACAUGCUAUAAAAUCUACCCCACCUUUGUGACGCGUAUAGAAGACGGCUCAGAAUCGGUAGCCAACGGACAGUGCCGAGCUUCUAACUCGUAGUCGAUACUUUAGGAAUUGCCCAGUAAGUAAAUGCCAGGUGUCGGCGUCGUUUUAGAGAACGCGCGUCUAUUAACUUAUAAACACUGACUUGCAGACAAGACAUGUUGUUUCGUCAGUGCAGAACUAACCAUUGCAUGCAAGGAUUUAUCUUAUAAUGGUGGCAGCUAAGUCAUGCCCGUCGGCACAGGAAUACAAUUGGAACCACGCGCCAAGAGGUGCAAACUUUGCGACGAAUCCAAUCAUCGUAGUGAACCGGGCUCAGGUUAUUGGGAGCUACAACUUGAUAGAGACCUCGUGGAUACUAUAUCCGCUAUCUACCCGGAGUGGUUUAAGACCAUGGCCGAGGGUAAUAGGAAGAUGCCCGAAAAAAAAAGCAAAGGAGUGUCUUCUUCUCUUCUUAGGGAAUCGCCACCAAAGGCAGUAAUAGAUACUUCGCCUAUACAUAUGGACCAAAAUAAGGAAUCCCUUAAAGUAAAGCUGUUAUUAAGACGACCGUUUGAUCAGCUGGUUGAACAAGGAAUCAUGCCUCCGCAUACAACUCCAGGUGCUUAUCAUGGUCAGAGAAGGCAACUAGAACGCGCUAAAACAGGUGAUAUGUUAAAAGCUAAAAUUCAACAAAGGCCACCUAGACAAGAACUUGAACGACGACACAUUCUGGAAGCUGAUCCAGCUCAUGUGGAUCCAAGUCUGGCAGAAAAACAACGAAUGCUUAAAAAGGCACGCCUGGCGGAUCAACUAAAUGAUCAAUUAUCACAUAGACCGGGCCCUCUAGAAUUAAUUCAAAAAAAUAUUUUACACACAGAAGCGCCUAUUGAACAGGCAGUUAAAACUGGAAGGAUACCAUAUAAAGCUACUAGCGAAGGACAACAUAAUCGGCCGCAGCACCCAAAUAGCUAUGUGACUCCUGAAGAAGAUUCUUUAAGUUCUGAAGGUGAUAUAAUAAGUCCCGGAACAAGUGACGUACUAGAAACAGCAGCUAAGUCUGCUGGUAUUGUUGUUUCAUUAAUUCAACCUUCCGAUAAAACUGCAAUUGUUUCAACAUCCGCAUCAAUUUUUAAAGAAAAUAGAGAUUUGAUUUAUGCAGAAAUGUGCAAGUCAGUUACAAAUCCAUUGCAAAUUUCAACUGCAAGCCCGGCAUCAUUAAUAUCGUCGACUUCAACAUUAAGUCCAUUAUCUUCAGUAGCAAGCCCUGUACCAACAUUAUUAUCUCAACCAGCUACUCCAGUCCCUGCCCCUCCACCUCCGCCACCAAUAAAUUUGGUUUCACGUUCUAUUUCUUUCCCUGCAAAAAGUGAUGCUCCAGGAAAAGAUAAGAACAGGAAAAAAAAUAAAUCUAAAUCUGUCCCGAAAACACGUACGAUAAAAUUCCAUGAAUACAAAGGACCACCAAGUGCUCAAAAAAGUUCCAACUUAAUCAAUUCUGGAGAAAGUUCAUACGAUCUACUUUUAAAGCAACAAACGUUAUUGCUUCAAUUUCAAUUACAACUUCAACAUAAAUAUCCUCAAAUUAUAUUACCAGCUUCCCAAAAAAUAAACGAUAGUAAUAUUUCACAACCUUCCUCAGCACCUUCCACAUCAUCAGAAUCUUCCAUAUCAAAUCGAAUUUCUGGUAGAUUGGAAGAUAUGAAAGUUAGUGAUUUAAAAGGAGAACUAAAACGUAGAAACUUGCCAGUGUCUGGGUCGAAACAAAACCUAAUAGAUAGGCUUAAGUCAUUUUCUGCUGAAACAGGAAAUCAUAUUAGUAAUUCUUUCCAAAAUAACUUAUUGACAGAUCAAUCAUAUUCUUCGAAACCUUGUCAAAAUAAUGAUUCCUCCAACGAAACCUUUGAAGAUGAUCUAUCGGAAAAAAUGGAUAUAGGAAAUCCGAUGAGUCCUGAUCCUCAAGAAAUUCAAGAAAAAUUACAACAAAUUCAACAGCAAGUCCAAGAAAACACAUUAAAAACCAAAGAAGAUAUUGUUAGAGAACAACAAAGACAAAUUGAAGAAUUGCAACGGGAACUGACACUAUCACAACUUAAACUUCAAGCUGCUACUAGACAAGAGCCCAAAACUCAAUUAAUUGCUUUGCAAAAACAUUUACAAGCAAAACAACAACAGCAGCAGCAAAAUAUUGCUGAACAAAUGAGGCAAUUGCAAGCUCUUCAAGCAAAACAAUCAAAAGUCAGUCAAGUGCAACAAAGACUGCAACAGCAGCAACAUGUUGCUUUUCAAAAUCAAAAAAAUCACACAAAUAGUUUAAUUUUAAAUGGUACUGAUGCUUCUUUAGUUUUUAACCAAUUACUACAAGAAAAAGCUAAAAUUAAUAGCCAUAAUAGAACAAAUUCCUUACCAAAUGUUUUAAAUAUAACACCCAUUAUUCCUGCAUCUGACAUUAAAACGGAAAAUAUAUUAGAAAGUGGUAAGGAUCUUAAACCUCCACCUUUAUAUGAAGAAGCAACCAAGCAAAAUAAUAAAAAACAUAUUAAGAGCCAAAUUGUGGAUGAUGUCUUGGAGAUUUUAAUUAAAAAUGGCGAAUUACCUCCCAGUGCAGCAAAUGAUCCAGCAACCCCAGCAUCUGCUAUUAAAAAUGAACCAAUUUUUUCCUCUCCACGUCAAAAUAAAAAUGAUAACCAACUAAAUGGUAAUGUGGAAUCAAGCAGUCCCGCACUUGGUAUGCAUCCAUGCGAAAUUUUGGAAUCAUUAGAGCUGGAAAAUAUGGACUUUUCAAAUUUAAUGGAGUUUAGUGGUUGUCAGCCCCAAAAUGAAAAUAAUAAUGUUCAAUCAGAAAGUGAUAUUGUUCCUAUGGAUACCGAUGAUUGGUUGGAAUCAUUAUUACCUCGUGAAAAUACGUAUAACUCAAAUAAUAGUUUACCUUUAGAUUUAACAAAUACCCAGGAUUUAGCUGGUUAUGAUCCUUUAUUGGGAAUAGCACAUGAUCCUUUUGAUCCUUUUAGUUUAGAAGAAUUUCGUACUCCCGCUGAUUUAACUGCAUCACUUUCGUGGGACAAAAUUGAUUAUACAGCGUAAUUCCUAAUAAAUUGAUUCCAGUGAGGUGGGAUUCCACAAAGAAAGAUCAACAUUCCACAUUAAAAAUUGAUCGCCAAAAUCGCUCAGUUAAUGGGCGCGGGACCAGGGCGGUUCAAUAGGCCAGCGAACACAUCAAAACAGAAAUACUGAAAAAAAAUCUUUCAAUAAGGACAUUUUAUGGAGAUUUCUUCAAUUGUAUUGCUUGUUUUUUUAUUUAUAUAAGGCUAUUCAUACAAAAAUACAAUUCAAAAAUUAUUAACCUGUUUGCAUACUUUUAAAAUUUUAAAAACAACAUUAAAAUAUUUGUUUUA